CUGUUUCUUUGUUUAUAAAAGGAAAAUCAAAAUAUUUUUUCUUGAAAGCUUUCGCCCCCCUUCUAAAAAUACUUCUACAAUCAAUUUGAAGCAUCCAGACAUUGAGGAUAAUUCUCCUUUCACUUUCAGUCUUUCAGCAUAGUCGUAGAAUCAAGGGUAGGCUGUAAGCUUUCCUUUUGCUGAAUAUUGGUAAAGAAUCCGAAAGGCGGAGGAAUAUGACGAGCAUUAAUUCUCCUGCUUUGAGGCGCUAAGCUAAUUCGGGUUUGUUUAGGGUCAGCAUCUUCGAUCAUCUUCCAUCUUCAUACAAUCGCUAUGAAUUGCAUCGAUUUUCGACUCAAAGAUUUGGACGUGGAACACUUUGAGAUACGAGAGGUUCUGCAAUGUAUUUUGCACACAAUUUUUUUCCACAGAGCAUUAGGUCUGGUUCGACCAAAGGACAUUGAUUCGGAACUCUUUGACAUUACAUAUGUCCAAUGUGGUGAUGUUGAGGUUGAGAAAAAAAUAGAUGAAAAGAUUAAUCACUUCAUCGAAAAGGUGGAGAAGUACCCCAACAAGAAAAAUGAGAUUUGUUUAUCAUUCUAUGAAGUGAAGAACAAGCAGGCAACAUGGUUUACAAACAAAGUUGAACGCCUAUACUGGGAACAGUGGUACAUCAAUCUGAAUGUAGCUCAGCACCACCCAAAAGCACAUUUUAACAAAUCUCUUUCCUCCAAAGCGGUAGUUGAUCCUGGAGAAAUCGCAUGUGAUGAGAGGAAUGCUCGGAGGGCGGCACUGGAGUUGUCUCUCCGUGAAGUUAUGUUUCAGAUUAUCAAAUUUGUAAAUGAAAAAAAGGACCAUGUACCCUCGGUACCAAAUCUUGAGGGUGUCUCAUUUCCCUAUGAGAUCACUAUCUCAAGUUCAUCAGAUUCUGCAUUUGGGAUGGAAAUGUUCAAGAGGAUGCUCCAGACUGGGCAUCCCAGCAUUCUUAGUUGAGAUAAGAAGAAAUGCCCCUUUUGCACUUUAUCAUGGAAGGCUUCAAGCUUACAAUACUUGUAGAAGGUUUUACUGGGGUGAUUAAAAAGUGUGGUAGUAAGAGAACCAAAUAUGUGUACAUAUAGCAGCAUGAUGUAUCUUACCAAUGGAUGUCUUCUUCGUGUUCUGUUUUUACCUGUCUCCUAUAUUUGUGUGCAUCUGAUUCCACUGGAUGCUAAGGAAGCAUACGCAUGAUAUAUCAUAAAAGAAACCUUUUGAUGUUUUUGGAGAACCCAGUAUCUCAAACUAAGAACCCCUUUGGCAUGGAUUACUUGGAUGAAAUGAGCUGGUGUUGAUUUUUGUAGUAAAGAAACAUUUUGGUAAAAACUAUUACAACCAAAUAAGUGGAUGUUUGGAUGGUUGCUUCU